ACAUCAUCCACCGUCGACCAAGAAGGGCUGUCAUAUCAACCAUCCGACACAAUGGCAACUCAACUCUCCUCAUCAAUGCGAACCAUGUCAUCGCAAAUCUGCCGUCAGUGCGCCACCGCGACAGCAGCAACCGCGCGGAGGACCUUCACCAGCACCACCGCGGCACAAUCCAGCAAAAAUGCCCUGCGAAUGCGCUCCAAUAAUGGGUCGUCUAUACUAAGCCGUACCUCAACACAACAACCUUCCCAAUCAGCAACAAGGGGCCCUCUCCAACCCCGCCGAACCUACAAAACCGUCGAAGAAGCCAAAUCCAAAUACCGCCUCGGCCCCUUCUCCUGGCAAGCGGGUCUCCUCUUCCUCAUCGCCGGCGGCGGCCUCACACUCUACUUCCGGUACGAAAAAGCGCGCAUGUCGCGGGCCCGGAUCGCCGAGGCGAACAAGGGCAUCGGCAAGCCGCUGGUCGGCGGAUCCUUCCACCUGACGGACCACAACGGCGCGGACUUCAGCGAAGCCAACCUCAAGGGGAAAUACACGCUGGUCUACUUCGGCUUCACGCAUUGCCCCGACAUCUGCCCCGAGGAGCUGGAUAAGAUGGCCGGCAUGAUCGACUUGGUCCGGGAGAAACAUGGCGCCGGCGUCCUCAAGCCGAUUUUCAUCAGCUGCGAUCCCGCGCGGGACACGCCGGAGGUUAUGAAGUCGUAUCUGAAGGAGUUCCACGAGGAGAUUCUGGGCAUGACGGGCACGUGGGACGAGGUCAAGGAGGUCUGCAAGGCGUACAGGGUGUAUUUCUCCACGCCGAAGGAUGUCAAGCCUGGACAGGAUUAUCUGGUGGACCACAGCAUUUAUUUCUACCUGAUGGACCCUGAAGGAGAUUUCGUCGAAGCCAUCGGUCGGAAUUUCACGACCGAGGCUGCGGCGAAGGUCAUCAACGAUCAUGUCGCGGAUUGGCGAGGGAAGAUCGAUCGGUCAUGAAGACCCCCCAUGACAGAAUCGUACGACGAACGAUCGACAGCAUCGAGACACAUUUCAACUUUCCCUGCCUAGACACGAACGAAGGAAGAUCCGCAAGAUCAUGCACAGGAACACCUGUGUCGGGUAUCGAUGAAUUUUCUUCCAUGUAUAAUUACAUUGGGGCUUUGGACGUGUGUGUCUCGAAAGCCUGUAUAUCAGAGAGAUAUUCAUAGACUUCUCUAAUAGAGGAUUGAUUGUACAUCACGAAACGCCAUUUCCUCCGCCUUCGGAGUCGCGCACUGCGUCUGUCCGUAAGGGACUGCGACGACGGGUUGGUCGCCAUACUUUGGCCUUGGUGAGAGGGCCAGGUGACGUUUGAACUUCGCCGUCUUUGUUCGG